CUUCCUCACUCUCAGUCUCAAGUCUCAGUCUCUGUUCUAUAAAUAGCAUUCUAAAUCUUUGCAUUCAAUUUCAAGCUUCAACCAAUUGUUCAAUUUCAAAUUCUCUCCUUUCUUUCUCUUCCUUUUCUUUCUAUCCAUAUUCCAUUCCAUCGUUCAAAUUUCAAAUUCUUCACUUAACCGGAGGGAAAUGGAACUUCACCGGAAAACUGUGAACGCCGUCGUAGCUUCUGAUUCAAAAACAAAGAACAAAAAGCAGCAGAGUUCACAGUCACAACAAACUUCACUUUACUUAACAAAUGCUGUUUUCUUCACUUUCUUCUUCUCCGUCGCUUACUUUCUUCUUCACCAGUGGCGUGAUAAGAUCCGAACCUCUACACCUUUACAUAUCCUCACAAUCUCUGAGAUUGCAGCUGGUGUUUCCCUCAUCUUUUCUGUCAUUUACCUUAUGUCUUUCUUCGGCAUUGGUAUCAUCUUUCAGUCAUCUGCAGUUCAUUAUGAUGAAGAAGAAGAUGAAGCUCACAUUGCAAAAAACUCCGGUUCAUGUCUUGCCGGAGUCUCGCCGGAGAAACCUGCACUACCGCCGAAAAUCUCCGUAAAAAAAGUUGAUCUGGCACCGGUGCCGGAAGUGAUACUUUCCUCCGAUGACAAGGAGAUUGUCCGUGCGGUGGUAUCAGGUUCAAUUCCGUCAUACUCGCUUGAGUCCAAGCUCGGAGAUUGCAAACGUGCGGCGGCUAUUAGGAACCAAGUGGUGGAGAGAGUUACUGGAAGGUCACUUGAGGGUUUACCAAUGGAAGGUUUUGAUUAUGAUUCUAUAUUAGGACAGUGUUGUGAAAUGCCGAUAGGAUUUGUUCAGAUUCCGGUGGGAGUUGCCGGUCCUUUGUUGCUCGACGGUAAAGAGUACACGGUGCCGAUGGCAACUACUGAAGGUUGUUUGGUUGCAAGUACUAACAGAGGCUGUAAAGCUAUUUAUGUUUCCGGUGGUGCUUCCGCUGUUGUCCUCCGUGAUGGCAUGACUAGAGCCCCCGUUGUUAGAUUCAACUCCGCCAAAAGAGCUUCUCAGUUAAAGUUCUUUUUAGAAGAUUCUCAAAAUUUUGAUUCCCUCUCUCACAUUUUCAACAAGUCAAGUAGAUUUGCGAGAUUACAGAGUAUUAAAGCUACUAUGGCAGGAAAGAAUUUGUACAUUAGAUUCACUUGUUCAACCGGUGAUGCAAUGGGAAUGAACAUGGUAUCAAAAGGUGUUCAAAAUGUACUUGAUUUUCUUCAAAGUGAUUUUCCUGAUAUGGAUGUCAUUGGCAUAUCAGGCAACUUUUGUUCGGACAAGAAAGCUGCGGCGGUGAAUUGGAUUGAAGGGAGAGGGAAAUCUGUGGUGUGUGAGGCUGUAAUUAAGGAAGAGGUGGUGAAAAAAGUGCUGAAGUCUAGUGUUAAGUCUUUGGUUGAGCUUAACAUGCUCAAAAACCUUACUGGUUCAGCCAUGGCUGGUGCUCUUGGCGGAUUCAACGCACAUUCUAGUAAUAUUGUUUCUGCUAUUUACUUGGCUACGGGUCAAGAUCCAGCUCAGAAUGUUGAGAGUUCUCACUGUAUGACCAUGAUGGAAGCUGUGAAUGAUGGCAAAGACCUUCAUAUCUCUGUCACUAUGCCUUGCAUUGAGGUGGGCACAGUAGGAGGGGGCACACAACUUGCAUCACAAUCAGCUUGUUUGAAUUUACUCGGUGUUAAGGGUGCUAGUAAAGAGUCACCAGGAGCAAAUUCUAGGACACUUGCAACUAUUGUAGCGGGUUCGGUCCUUGCCGGAGAACUCUCACUGAUGUCUGCAAUUGCAGCCGGGCAGCUUGUUAAGAGUCACAUGAAAUACAACAGGUCUAGUAAAGAUGUCUCCAAAGUUGCUUCAUGAGUUGGCCAUUUGACAAUACCAGAACUGUGUCAUAAACAUGCAUGUAUUGUAAGGAAUAUAAGAAUAAGAAUUUUCAAUGUAGGAGUAUAAAUUAUUUUUAAAAGGGCCGUAAUUGGUGGUAUCGGUGGUGACAUAUCUAUCUGCAAUCUAGUGUUCAUUAAUGUAUGGCCCAUGUGAGGGAUCAUAUAUUUCUGAAGUUGUACAGAAGGAAUUAACCAAGACUUGGUUUGAUUUUUUUUUCCGCCUUCACAUGACACCUUUGUUUUGUAGCCCUUCUCUUAACGGUCUCUGUUUGUCUUGUGCAGACAGAAACCUGGUUUAUUAAUAAUAUAUUUGUUGUUAAAAAAAAAAGUUUGAUUAUUUUUUUCUUUUUUAAUUAAAAUAUCAUUAAUGUUGUUGUAUGUCUCAAAAUUCUCUUCUAAAGCUCAAAGAUGUGGUACUUAAAUAAUAUGCGAUUUUGUAUUCUUAGCUCUUACACAUACAAAAAUAUCAGUAGAUUUUAUUAUUUUUAUGAUUUUUCUUUUUUAAUUCAUGAAUGUAUACAUUCUUGAAUGAUUUCCCUGGGUUUGUAGAGUUAUUGAAAUGCAUGUGCCAUCUCCUAGUAUGGUUUGUGUAUUCUAGUUUCAAGUGUAGAGAUUUAUGUGCAAAAGGCUUUAUCUUGUUGUAAAUAUAAGACUUCUUCGAAUAAAGCACUAGAAUUAGACGUGAUUAUCCAAUCCUAUAUCAUCUUUUAGAA